UAAUUUUUAUCAUUUUAUGUAGUUUUAAACUUCAUAAAAUGAAUUUUUAGAGAAAGAAUUUUUAGAUUUAUAUUAUGUUUUGUUGACAACAUUCUAAAACUUUAUUACAAGACAAGGUGAAAACAACUUUCUCUAACCAAAUAUUUGUUUUACUUAAAACUACUAGUAUUGCAAAAUUUAAAUGAACAUUUGACCCUUGUAAGUUUAAAGCUGUUUUGCUAUUAACAUGUGGACGGUGAGCAAGGCUCUUUUAAGAAACAACAAUUUGAUUAAAAUACAUGUAGCAAACAAAACUCAUUAUGAAGCUUUAAAUUUACCCAAUACUGCCACUCAUAAGGACAUUAAAGAUGCGUAUUAUCGGUUAUCAAUGAUGUACCAUCCUGACAAAAAUAAAGGCUGUGAAAACGCUACUAAACAGUUUCGUGAUAUCACAGCUGCAUAUGAAAUAUUAGGAAAUGCACGCCAAAGAAGACUGUAUGAUCUUGGAUCAAAUAUAGAUCCCAUACCACUAAAGCAUCACUCACAACAGCCUUUUAAACAUAUGAACUCUACAAAUCAAGUAGAAAAAACACACAAUACUAAUCAUAGCUAUAAUUUUGACCAAUGGUCCAGAAGUCAUUACUCAACAAUUGUCAAACGAAAGAAUGAAAGUGAACAAUGGGUCAAGUAUACUAAAAUGACCAAUCAAUAUAGGGAUCAUCAAAAUUUAAUUUCAGUUACCGUUAUAGCUAUUAGUUUAGGAUUGUUUAUAUUAUUAAAUUUUGUAGAUUUAUUCUUGGAUAACAAAAGUGAUUAUGAUAAUGUUGAUCAACAUGAGAAAAGAAAGUGAGAUUGUUAAUAAAAGUAAGUUUGUUAUUUGUUUGUCCAAAAAUGUAUUGUAUAUAACAUUAACUAUAUAAAUUGUUAGUUUUAAACAA